AAAUAGAGACAAAGAAGUCUAGCAGCAAAUUCUUUUAGGAUCGUAGUUGUCACAUUCGCUGCGAAUUUUUCCUUUUACUAGCUGCAACAAUGUCUGAUGACAGAGCUGAACGAUCAGAUGGACGGAUAGUGAAGAUGGAGGUUGACUACAGUGCCACUGUAGACGAGCGCCUUCCCGAGUGUGAGAAAAUGGCCAAGGAUGGCAGACUACAGGAGGCAGUCGAGAGUUUGCUGUCACUAGAGAAGCAAACAAGAACUGCUUCGGAUAUGGUGUCUACCUCCAGGAUCUUGGUGGCAAUAGUUCAGUUAUGCUAUGAAGCCAAAGACUGGGAUGCUCUGAACGAAAACAUCAUGCUGCUAUCUAAGAGAAGAAGCCAGCUGAAGCAGGCUGUUGCAAAGAUGGUACAGGAAUGUUACAAGUAUGUUGAUGCGAUGACUGACUUGUCAAUCAAACUACGUCUCAUCGACACACUUCGCACAGUCACUGCUGGAAAGAUAUAUGUGGAGAUUGAACGUGCCAGACUGACUAAAACACUGGCCCAUAUCAAAGAGCAAAGUGGAGAUGUGAAAGAAGCCGCAGCCAUUCUGCAGGAGUUGCAGGUGGAGACAUACGGAUCAAUGGAGAAGAAAGAGAAGGCUGAGUUCAUUCUGGAGCAGAUGAGGCUGUGUAUUGCUGUCAAGGACUACAUACGCACACAGAUCAUUAGCAAAAAAAUCAACACGAAGUUCUUCCAGGAGGAAGGCACUGAGGAAUUGAAAUUGAAGUAUUAUAAUCUGAUGAUUCAAGUUGAUCUGCAUGAGGGCUCCUACCUGUCCAUAUGUAAACACUACAGAGCUAUAUAUGACACUCCUUGUAUUCUGGAAGACUCGUCCAAAUGGCAGCAGGCUCUGAAGAGUGUUGUGCUCUAUGUGAUUUUGGCGCCGUAUGACAAUGAACAGUCUGAUUUGGUUCAUAGAAUCAGCACUGACAAGAAACUGGAGGAAAUACCCAAAUACAGGGAUCUCCUUAAACAGUUCACCACCAUGGAGCUGAUGCGCUGGUCAUCUGUAGUGGAGGAUUAUGGCAAGGAACUGAGGGAGGGUUCCAUGGGAACUCCAGACACUGAUGUCUUCACCUGCACAGAAGAGGGGGAGAAGAGAUGGAAAGAUCUGAAAAAUAGAGUGGUAGAACAUAACAUCAGAAUAAUGGCAAAGUAUUACACAAGCAUCACCAUGGGGAGAAUGGCAGCACUGCUCGACCUCUCUGUUGAUGAAUCAGAGGAGUUCUUAUCAAACCUGGUUGUCAACAAGACCAUCUAUGCGAAAGUGGACCGCCUCGCUGGCAUCAUAAAUUUCCAGCGGCCGAAAGACCCUAACGAUCUUCUGAAUGACUGGUCUCAAAAAUUGAACUCUCUCAUGUCUCUGGUCAACAAAACCACUCAUCUCAUUGCCAAAGAAGAGAUGAUCCACAACCUCCAGUAGAGCCAGUUCUUGCUACACAUUUUGUCCUUUCUUCACCUGAUAUGUCUGAUUGAAUGAAUGUUAAAUAAACGUUUUCCAUCAA